UCGAGAAGAGAUGGGUAGAGGAAAAAUAGUGAUACAAAGAAUUGAUAAUACAACAAGCAGGCAAGUUACUUUCUCGAAGAGAAGAAAUGGACUUCUCAAAAAGGCUAAAGAGCUUGCAAUUCUUUGCGAUGCUCAAGUUGGACUCAUUGUUUUCUCAAGCACCGGAAAACUCUAUGAAUUUGCCAACAACAGCAUGAGGUCUACAAUUGAUAGAUACAACAAGAUAAAGGAGGAGAAUAAUAACAUGAAUCCCAUGUCAGAGGUUAAGUUUUGGCAAAGGGAAGUAGCAAGUCUGACGCAGCAGCUGCAUUACUUGCAAGAAAAUCACAGGCAGCUUUUGGGUCAAGAACUUUCUGGACUCAACACCAAAGAUCUAACAAAUCUGGAAAACCAAAUUGAAAUGAGUUUGAAAGGCAUUCGAAAGCAAAAGGAGCAGAUUCUGACGGAUGAAAUCAGAGAACUAAAUCAGAAGGGCAAUCUUAUUCAUCAAGAAAAUAUAGAACUCUAUAAAAAGGUAAACCUUAUUCGACAAGAGUACACAGAAUUGCAGAAGAUUUCUGAGCAAGGAUAUGAAAGUGCACCAAAUGGGGGUCUGCAGGCCACACAUACAAUCAGCAAUGGAAAUGACCUACAUGCACCAAUCAAUCUCCAGCUAAGCCAGCCACAAACACAGAAGAACGGAACAUCAACAAGUGUCAUGCAACUUGGGUAA